CAGGAAGUUCAGGUGAUUAGCUGUGGGCGGAGCUAGUCAGAGCUUGGAGUGCAGCGACUGAGGAAGGAGCAGAAGGGCUGCUGCCUCUUGGAUUUGGGUGACUGUUCAGGCUUGUGUGGGUGUUUGUUUCUGGCUGUGACCUUGUUUGUUUCUGGCUGUGACCUUUCACCUAGAAGUGUGAGUCAGGAAGUUCAGGUGAUUAGCUGUGGGCGGAGCUAGUCAGAGCUUGGAGUGCAGCGACUGAGGAAGGAGCAGAAGGGCUGCUGCCUCUUGGAUUUGGGUGACUGUUCAGGCUUGUGUGGGUGUUUGUUUCUGGCUGUGACCUUGUUUGUUUCUGGCUGUGACCUUUCACCUAGAAGUGUGAGUCAGGAAGUUCAGGUGAUUAGCUGUGGGCGGAGCUAGUCAGAGCUUGGAGUGCAGCGACUGAGGAAGGAGCAGAAGGGCUGCUGCCUCUUGGAUUUGGGUGACUGUUCAGGCUUGUGUGGGUGUUUGUUUCUGGCUGUGACCUUGUUUGUUUCUGGCUGUGACCUUUCACCUAGAAGUGUGAGUCAGGAAGUUCAGGUGAUUAGCUGUGGGCGGAGCUAGUCAGAGCUUGGAGUGCAGUUUGACCCAUCUUUUUGAUCUAGGGCAGCAAGUCUGACACGUUUGUUAGGGGGGACCUAGGCCUCUUCCUCUUCCCCCUUGACUUCAAGGUUUUCAAGAUGGAGGUGGAGGGAACAACCGUUGUCACCUGCAAUUCCUGUGCAAUGUUUGUUUUCUUGCCAAAGGAUGUGGGUAGCUACACGUGCAACAAUUGCAAGUUGGUUGCCCUACUAGAAAACAAGGUUGCCCUUCUGGAAGAGAAGGUGCAGCAGCUUCAGGGGCGUGUAUCUACGCUCCAGAGAAUUAAGGAGCUGGAGCUUUUCUUGGAUGCAGCAGAGCACACUGUCUGCACCAAGGAGGAGACAGGGGAUCUCCCUGAGGAGGAGGUCAGUUCCCCAACACAGCAGCCAGAUGUAUGGAGGAACGUGACUCAUAGAAGUAGAAGGCCCAGGGAUCGCUCUGAGUGCUUAGAAUUACACAACCGUUUUGAAGUGCUCAUGGAAGACGAGGAACAGACUCCACCUGAGGAUCUCUCCCUCAUCACAGUUGAUGAGGAAUAUGAAGACGAGCAGCAAAGUCAGUCCUCCGGGAAUAUGCAGGUAACCUUGGAAGGGACAGCACAUGGAAGAAUCCCAACCAAGCCUAUGAAGAGGCGUGUAGUGGUGAUAGGGGAUUCCCUACUGAGGGGUACAGAAGCAGUGAUCUGUGGGCCUGACAAGAUGUCUCGAGAGGUGUGCUGUCUACCUGGGGCCAAGAUCAAAGAUGUAACAGAACGGCUGCAAGGAAUCAUAAAACCCACCGACAAAUACCCCUUCCUUUUGGUGCAUGUGGGAACCAAUGACACUGCAAGCCAUAGCUUACAGAAGAUCAAAAAUGAUUAUGAGGCUCUGGGCAGGAAGUUGAAGCAAUUAGAUGCACAAAUUGUCAUCUCUUCUGUCCUCCCAGUUGAACGACAUGGCCCAGGGAGAGAGGGGAAAAUAGGGGAAGUGAACAACUGGCUUCGCAAAUGGUGCAAACAGGAACGGUUUGGAUUCCUAGAUCACGGUCUGCAGUUUCUUGAAGAUGGACUUCUGGCAAGUGAUGGACUGCACCUCACAAAAGUUGGGAGGAAUGUUUUUGCCACAAAACUCAAAAACCUCAUCAGGAGGGCUUUAUGUGGGGGAGGGAGACAGUGGUCCUGAAGGUAGGAGUCUAUCAAAUGCUGAAGAUGAUCAUCCAAAUGUCAAGGACCAAAUGGAGCAAGCAGCAUGCAGACCUAGUGGUGGGACGAAAAUAUCCUUAAAUAAGAGACAUGGGGGAAUGAUCAACGGUCUUCAAUGUCUGUAUACUAAUGCACAGAGCAUGGGAAAUAAACAAGAUGAACUUGAGCUCUUGGUACAGCAAACUAAAUAUGACAUAAUAGGCAUCACUGAAACCUGGUGGGAUGAGUCUCAUGACUGGAAUGUAGUAAUAGAGGGAUACAAUCUAUUUAAGAGAAAUAGACCAAACAGGAAAGGAGGAGGAGUAGCUUUAUAUGUUAGGGAUAUGUAUACCUGUGAAGAGAUCCAGGAUUUAAAACUUCAAAGCCAAAUUGAGAGUAUCUGGGUCAAAAUUAAGGGAGAGAAAAACAACAGUGAUCUCAUUGUGGGAGUUUACUAUAGAUCCCCAAGCCAAACUGAGGACACAGAUGAUGCCUUCCUGGAACAGAUGGCCAAGCAUUCCAAAGGAAGUGAGAUAGUAGUAAUGGGGGAUUUCAACUAUCC